ACGAAUUUAGUUUAUCUCAACAACUAGCAUUAACAAAUCUAUAUAAAACUAACGAUCAAAAUAUUUCAGCAGUUGGAAAACACUUCCCCUUCUAGUAAUAGUUAUAUUGUUAAAUUAUUUGAAACAGAUAUAGUACAGCGGUGUUUUAAUUUUAUUUGUUUUAUUUAAAAAUAAAUAAUAGUAUUGCGCAAAAAAAUAUCGCGUGUAGUAAAUACAAGGUGUACAAGUUCUUUUUUACUUAGUAGGACUAAGGAAAUUUUACAAUGGUUUGUGGGCUAAUAUGCGUUUUGGCUGGUUUGGUGUUAUUUUUGGUUAUAGCGAAACUUUAUAUUAAAUUGACAACGGGCUGGUGCAGAAGUAAUGUGUGUUUAGUUGGAAAAACUGUCAUUGUCACAGGAGGAAAUACCGGAAUUGGAUUUGAAACAGCCGCGGAUAUAGCCAAAAGAGGUGCCAAAGUAAUCCUAGCUUGUAGGAACGAACAAAGAGCGAAAGAUGCAGUACAAAGAAUAAUAAAACAAACGGAUAAUCCAAACGUAUCCUACAGGAUUCUGGAUUUGGGUUCGUUGAAGUCCGUGAGAAAAUUCGCGGAUGAAAUCAACAAAAAUGAGGAAAGACUGGAUAUACUAAUCAACAACGCUGGACUUCAGACUGUUCCUGAAAUUAAAGGUCUUACUGAAGAUGGACUACAACCUACCAUGCAGGCGAAUUACUUUGGACAUUUCUUGUUGACACAUCUUCUUUUGGAUCUCCUAAAGAAAUCAGGACCCAGUAGAAUAGUGAACGUGUCAUCCAUGGCCGCCCGCCACACUAAACUUGACAAGGCUGACGAUCUGAACUCGGAGAAAGGUGUCGUAAUGGACAUUUACGGCAGAUCCAAACUAGCCAACAUCCUGUUCACCAUCGAGCUCAACGAAAAACUGAAAAACACCAAAGUAACAACUUACUCUCUGCAUCCUGGAAUUAUUUUGACAGAGUUCAGUAGACACGCGCCUGCAAUCCUUAAAGGAAUUGCCGAGACUCUGCUUCUAUACAUGUUCAAAAAUGCUAUUGAAGGGGCCCAAACGACGAUCUACUGUGCAGUGGAAAAAGACAUUGAACAAUAUUCAGGCCAACAUUUUCAUGAUUGCCACAUAGUAAAACCAUACAAAAAGGCUCGAGAUUCUGAUCUAGUCAAAUCGGUAUGGAAGAAGACUGAAGAACUAGUAAAAUUAGAGAAGAAAUUAAAGUAGAUUUAACGUACAAAUGUCUUGUGAUACAAAAAUGACAAAAAUAAAACAAUCCGGCAGUAGCAGUACUAAAAAUUAAGUUAACAUUUCUUUAAUUUAUUUUUUAUUAUUUUGAAUUAAGAAAUUGUCUCCCAAUAUUUGUUUUAUUUGUUAUUCCGGGAGCACAGCCUGAUAUUUUUUAAUUAUUUUAAGGAAUUUAUUAUUAAACUGUAAUAAAAAAACAUCAAAAACAAAAAAAAUAGGUCGAUUAAAUAAUUAUAAUUAAUAAAGACACAUGUGAUAUGUUGAAGACAA